AUAAAAGAGGAUCUGAUAAAAGACAUGCUCAGAGACACGCUGACACAUCCUGCUGCUGCCAUGUGGAAGGACUCCAGCAACGCUCAUCCCAGAGCCGUGGCCUCCGGCGGUGCCUCCUCCCGCAGCGCCAGCCGCAGGAAGAGGACCUGCUUCUCCAAAGAUCACGUGGAGCUUCUGCGGGUCACGUUUGAGACAGACCCGUACCCCGGGAUCAGCCUCAGAGAGAACCUGUCCCAAACCACCGGCCUUCCAGAGUCACGCAUCCAGGUUUGGUUUCAGAACCGAAGAGCUCGGACCCUGAAGUGUAAAGGAGCCAAGAAGGGUGUGUGGCAGCCUGACAGCCCGGGCCACGACGCCUUCACUCCACCUCACCUGGCUGCUGGAAGCGGAGCUUUGACCGUUCCUCUGCGGUCUCAGGGACCCCCACCCGCCUACCCAGCCCAGGUGAAGCAGGAGAUGGAGGAAGGCAGCUACUACGUUCAGUGUCCCUCCUCCUUCUCCACCUCUGAGGAACAGGAAAAGCACAGCUCCUUACAUGUUCUCCAACAAGCGAGACAUCAGAGCUCCAGCCCACCCCUGAGUGGGUUCUGGUCUCACCCGGGCAGCCAGAGCUCACCUGUCCCUCCUCUGUGGUACAAACCUCCUCUGGAGAUGAACUGCUUUAACUCGAGCUCCAACCACACCACCUUCAUGUACCCGGGAUCAGCAGAGCAGCAGGUGUACCUGAACUCCUCCACCCCUGAAACGCCCGAUUCUGGAUACUGGGACGUCAGCAGACAGAACAGCCCACCAGCAGAAGGUCAGUACGCCCAGCUGGAGGACUCAUGGAGCGUGGCGGUUCUGGAUGACUGCAGGAAGUCUGGACAUCCACAGCAGGUCCAGCACACCCCUCUUCCUGUGCUGUCCCUGCAGGAGAUCCUGGGGGAGCUGGAUGAGGACUGGCUGGGAGGAGAUGGACUGGACAGCUGUGGUUCUGAGGAGAAAAGCUGCUGAUGGUUCUGUUUGGGUUCAGGUGUUACUUCAGAUCUGGGAGUUUGGUUUUUGUAUCUAAAAGGACUUCAGAUCAGAUCUGUUAUCUUUUUUUUAUUUAUUCACGUUUUAUGACAUCAAUGAUUUUCUGCACUUUUUACAAAUAAAAUUAUGAAUCUAAACUGUAAAA